UACAGUCAACAACUUUUCCUUGUUAUAUUUAAGAAAAAAAAUUAGCUCAGUUCGAUUGAGACAUCAUCGAAGAUGAAGAGAAUAAUAAUAUUUUCUACUCGUCAUAUUUAUCUUAUUUUAUUGUUAAUUUUUUUAAUUAUUAUUAAUGAUAUUUAUUGUGUUUAUACUCCACCUCAAGCUAAAGUAGAACCUCUGCAUCCUAAAGGAAUCAGAAUAUCAAUUCCAGAUGAAGAGGGAAUAUCACUGGUUGCAUUUCAUGUUAAAUUCAAUGAAGAAUUCAGUGGUAUUGAGGCAGGAACAAUAGCUCGAGAUAUCCUCAGAAUAAAAAAAGGAAGAUGGACUUAUGAAGAUUUUACAACAGAGCUUAAAACUGGUGAUAUUGUUUAUUAUUGGAUUCAUGUUGUCUACGAUGGUCUUGGAUAUAAUCUUCUAUUUCAAGAGCAUCAUGUCACAGAUUUUUAUAAUCGUGAUGGAAGCAAGAUCAUCAUUGACGAUAGUAACAUUGUCGACGGAAGUGACUGCAGAGCAUCAGCAACAAAAAUACUUGAUAUAUCAACUGGCAAUUUAAAAAAUAUUUGUGCUGGUAAAUAUAUAUUGAAUGAUAGCUUUGAACAUCUUAAUAAUUCAAUAUGGAAAAUAAAUGAAGAAUUUUCAAAAAGACCAGAUUAUCCAUUUUCUGUAUUUAGAAAUAAUAAAAAAAAUGUUGAAAUUAAUAGAGGAAAUCUUUAUUUAAAGCCAACAAUUGUUGAACAAGAAUUACCAAAUGAUUUUGUUCGUCAUGGAACCCUGACACUACAAAAUUGUACAAGUGAGCUUGGUACACCAGAUUGUAGCCGUGAAGCACGUGGACGUUAUAUAUUACCACCAACAUUUUCUGGAUCUGUUGAUACAAGUAAAUCAGUUGCAUUUUUAUAUGGAAAUAUUGAAAUACGAGCAAAAUUACCAAGGGGUGAUUGGAUAUAUCCAAUAUUGGCAUUGGAACAGGCAGAAAAAUCAUUGGUUAUAAGCCCUCAACUUAGAAUAGCAUCAUCAGUUGGAAAUGCUGUAUUAAAUUCUCCAGCUGGAGCUGAUAUUAGUGGACAUGUACUGAGUGCUGGACCAAAUAAAAUGACUCCAGGUGAUACUGGUACCCUUGAUAAUCCACAACGUUUUGGAAUGGAACUAUGGUCAAAUGAGUAUCAUACUUAUCAAUUAGAAUGGAGAAAAAAUCGUAUUAUAACUCGUGUUGAUGACAUUGAAUAUGGAUCAUUUGUCACUGGUUCAACAUUUGAUAAACCAAUGUUUUUAAAACUUGCUGUUGGUGUUGGUGGAUUAACAGAAUUUCCAGACAUGUCGUCAACAGAUAAAUACUCGAAACCAUGGCGUAAUGUUGGAUCACAGGCACUUUUUGAUUUUUAUAAUUCAACUAAUUUGUGGUCACCAAGUUGGAUUGAAGAAUCAAAAGAUCUCCAAAUCGAUUAUGUCUUAAUUAAAGCUCUUGAUUAAUUAAAAUUUCUAAUGGAAUAAAAUUUAUAUAAUAAUUGUAUUGUCAUUAGUGACUAAAUGAAUUUCAAAAAUAUCUUAAAAUUGUAACUGAAAAAAACUCAAUUUAAAUAUGAAAUAAAAUUUUAAAUUUAUCAUCUCAACGAU